GAGAAAAAAUGAGCACAUCCACCACCACAAAACCACCUUAUCUUCCCAAACAAAAAAACCAAUCAAUAGAGAGCUUACCCUCAUCCAAUCUCUCCCAGAAAUCAAUCUUAAAUCUCUUGACCACCCAAUGCACCACUACUCUGCAACAUCUCAAGCAAGCCCAUGCUUUGGCACUAAAGACUGGACACUUUCAAGACCAUUAUGUUGCUGGGACACUUGUGAAGUGCUAUGCAAAUCCUCAUUUUGGAAGCUUAGACUGUUCUAUAAAAGUUUUGGAUCAAAUUUCAAAACCAAAUGUUUUUGUAUGGAACUGUUUGAUUAAAGCUUGCUUAGAUAACAAUGAACCAUAUAAGGCCAUCUCUUAUUACCAUAAGAUGGUUCUUGCAGACUCUAAGACUAACAAGUACACAUACACUCCAUUGUUCAAGGCCUGCACCCUGGAACAAGCUGUUGAAGAAGGGAUGGAAGUGCAUGCUCAUGUGGUGAAACAUGGACAUAAUGGUGAUGGGCAUGUGAGAAGUGCUGGAAUUCAGAUGUACGCAUCUUUUGGACGCCUAACCGAGGCACGAAACUUGCUUAAUUCAGAUGGGGAAUCCGAUGUUGUGUGUUGGAACACCAUGAUUGAUAGUUACUUGAAAAGUGGAGAUGUUGGAGAUGCAAAAAGGGUAUUUGAGAGUAUGACAAGCAAGAAUGUUGGCUCUUGGAAUGCAAUGAUCAGUGGUUUUGUUAGGUGUGGGAUGAUCGAGACAGCAAGGGAAUAUUUCAAUCAAAUGCCAGAGAAGGAUGAUAUAUCUUGGAGCGCCAUGAUUGAUGGAUAUAACAAAGAAGGGUCUUUUAAGGAGGCAUUGGAAACUUUCCAUGAAAUGCAAAGAGAAAAAGUUAGGCCAAAAAAAUUUGUUCUUUCUAGUGUGCUAGCUGCAUGUGCAAAUACUGGGGCUCUUGACCAAGGUAGAUGGAUUCAUGAAUAUUUAAGGAGGAAUUCGAUUCAACUUGAUGCAGUAUUAGGGAAUUCUCUGGUGAAUAUGUAUGCGAAAUGUGGGAGAAUCGACUUCGCCUGGGAGAUUUUUGAGAAGAUGAAAGAAACAGAAGUGUCCUCUUGGAAUGCGAUGAUUGGUGGACUUGCUAUCCAUGGCAGGGCAGAGGAUGCAAUUGAACUUUUCUUGAAGAUGCAGAGAGAGAAAGUGAAACCAAAUGAUAUCAGCCUUGUGGGUGUUCUUAAUGCCUGUGCGCAUGCAGGAAUGGUCAAUGAAGGACUAAAAUAUUUGAAUACCAUGAAGCAAGUGUAUGGAAUUGAGCCUACAAUGGAGCAUUAUGGUUGUGUGGUUGAUCUCUUGGGAAGAGCAGGGCUGUUAAAUGAAGCAGAGGAACUAAUAAAUUCUAUGCCAAUGAAACCAAAUGCAGCUGUUUGGGGCGCACUUUUAGGUGCCUGCAGGAUACAUGGAAACGUAGAGUUGGGUGAAAAGGUGGGGAAGAUCUUGCUCAAGUUGGAACCACAAAAUAGCGGGCGCUAUGCCUUACUAUCAAACAUCUAUGCGAAGGCAGGCAGAUGGGAUGAUGUUGCAAAGCUGAGAAAACUAAUGAAGGAGAAAGGGGUAAAGACAGUUGCUGGAAGCAGUAUGAUUAAUUUGGGUGGAAUCGUUCACGAAUUCAAAGUUGGUGACAGUUCACAUCCACAAAUAAAGGAAAUUUACUUGAUGUUGGAGAAGAUCAUUGAAAGGCUUCGGCUGGAAGGUUAUCGGCCUAAUAGCUCACAGGUCUUAUUCGAUAUUGAUAUGGAGGAGAAGGAAACUGCACUUUGGUACCACAGUGAAAAGCUUGCAAUUGCAUUUGGUCUUCUUAACACACCAUCAGGAACGGCCAUUCACAUUGUCAAGAACUUGAGGGUGUGUGAGGACUGCCACUCUGCCACCAAGCUCAUUUCGCGAGUAUUCAAUCGGGAGAUUGUUGUGAGGGAUCGUGUGCGUUAUCAUCAUUUUAAGCACGGAACUUGUUCAUGCAACGAUUUCUGGUAGUUUAAGGAAUAGCAGGAGUUGAAAGCAUAUCAGGUCGGGAUAACAAUUCCAUUUGUGUUGGAAACACACGUUGCAAAAUAUGGAAACAAAUGCUUUUUACGCGGAACUCCAUGCUCAAUCAAAUGUAAAGUGCACAACGAACUUUUAGAGGAUAUGCGAGGCUCAUGAACUAACAAAUAAGAUCGAAG